AUGGCGAUCGACCCAAUUGUGUCCGCUUUACAGGGGCAGGAUGCCGACCACCGGGUCUUGGCCUUUGCUGAUGACCUCUGUCUGCUUGCCGACAGUGCCCCUGCCCUUCAGCUAAAGGUCGAGGAAGCGCGAGCCGGGCUGGAACGCUUUGGUCUCAAGAUCAAUGCCAGCAAGUGCGCCUCCCUUCACCUUUCCGGACGACCACCCGUUGGCGUGCGGGACAGCGUUUUUACAAUCCUUGGGGCUCCGAUGAAGCCGCUAGCUGAAGGCGACGCGGCCGCGUUCCUUGGCGCCCAGGUGGGUUUCCAUGUGAUCCCCCACAAGUCCACACUAGCAGACAUUACCGAGCUGGGACUCAAAAUUGCAAGGAGCAAGCUAGCUCCAUGGCAAAGGAUUGACGCUCUGAAAACCUUUUUUUUCCCCUCUGCGGUCCACCUUCAACGUAUGGGAACAUUUGCAAAAACAGAGUGGAAAACAAUAGACGACAUAUUACGCCCCGAAAUCAAGGCUACCCUCAACCUCCCGCAAGAGGCAUCGAACGAUUACAUAUACGGUUCCACUCUGCGAGGCUGCUGCGGAAUAACGAAGCUGGCUGAGGACUCUGACAUUGCAGCCAUAGAUAGCGCCUUUAAGCUACUCACCUCCCCCGACGGACGAGUCACGAGGGAAGCGGUCGAUCAUGUGAGGAGCGUCACCUGCCGGAGGAUUGGCCGAACUCCUUCCAACAGUGAGGUCGGUAGCUACCUAUCAGGUGACAAUGAAGGCCCCUUCCGAGAUACCCGGGGCAGUGGAGUUGCCAGUGUAUGGUCCCGCGCCCGCAACGCAUCCGGGAGACUAGCCGCAUCUUGGUCCCUGGAUGGCCCCCCCUCCAUCUCCCAUGCGGGAACUACCUUGCGCGCGAAGCAGAGGAGGGAAGUCAUGAAGACCAUACGCGACCAUUUCCGCAUUGCGAGGGGCCAGGCGCUCAUCGAUAAACCGGACCAAGGCAGGGCCAUAGAAUGUGUAGCUGCGCACGCCGCGUCCAGCCACUUUCUCCGAGCGGGCGACUUCUGCCGAUUUGCUGACUGGAGGUUCGUGCAUAGGGCAAGGCUGAACCUGGUGCCGCUGAACGGGUCCUCGUCCUGGAGGACUGGUGACCGCCGAUGUCGACGGUGUGGGAAUAAUAUAGAAAGCCUCGCCCACGUUGUCAACCAUUGCAUGCGGUACACCAGCCUCUAUAUGGCCAGGCAUAACUCUCUGGUGGCCAGGUUGAAGAAAGCAGCGGCCGGGAAAUUCGAGGUCGUGUCUGAGAACCAGGUGAUCGGCGUACAACGCCUCAGGCCCGACCUUGUGCUCAGAAAGGGCACCACAACACUAAUCAUUGAUGCCACAGUACCCUUCGACAAUAGAAUCAAGGCGUUUGAGGAAGCUGCCGCUGAGAAAAAGGCCAAGUAUGAGGAUCUAAGGAAGGAGAUCGCAAAUGACCACCCUGGGGAAGUCUCAGUGUUUCCGUUCAUUGUUGGCUCUUUGGGCUCAUGGGAUCCGAACAACGAUGUGCUAGUGAGACAGCUUUGCAGCAGAUCUUAUGCGAAACUCUUGCGGAAGCUAUGCGUCAGCGAAGUCAUCGGAUACUCUAGAGACGUCUUCACCGAACACAUAAGUGGGGUCCGAGCAAGGCACGGCUGA